CGGCAGCAAGCGAGCAGCAGGCGUUGCUUGCAUUGCAUGCUGCUGCUAGCUAGCAGUCGGCGUCCUCCACCUGCAUGCAGAUAUAGAGAAAGAAUAUAGUAUAUAUUGUUGUUAAGAAGGCAGCCAGCAGCGCUAGCUAGAGACUUACGUACGACAGCUAGCUAGCUAUAUAUCAUAUCCAGCAGGCGCAGGCCGCCUAGCUGCGACGACAACCAACCAUGACGACGCCGCCGACGCCGCUCCUCCUCCUCCUCCUGCUGCUGGUGGCGGCGGCGAGGGGCUGCCAUGGGUCGUCGUCGUCGUCGUCGUACUCGUACCAGCCGCAGCAGUACAAGAUGAUGAUGAACGCGUCAUCGUCGGGGCGCCGCCCGGCGGUGGUGACGGCGGUGAUCGUGUUCGGCGACUCCAUUGUUGACCCGGGGAACAACAACGACCUGCACACGCUGAUCAAGGCCAACCAUCCGCCCUACGGCAAGGACUUGUUCAACCACGAGGCCACGGGACGCUACUCCAACGGACUCAUUCCCAGCGACCUCAUUGCCCAGCAGCUUGGUGUGAAGCAGCUGGUGCCGGCCUACUUGGGCGUUGAUCUGAGCCCCGAGGAUCUGCUCACCGGUGUCAGCUUCGCAUCCGGCGCCACGGGAUUCGACCCGCUGACGCCCGUGGUAGUGAGCGUGAUCUCCAUGGAUCAGCAGCUGGCCUACUUCGACGAGUACCGCGGGAAGCUGGUGGACAUCGCCGGCGAGGAGGAGACGGCGAGGAUCAUCGACGGGGCGCUGUUCGUGGUGUGCGCGGGCACCGACGAUGUGGCCAACACCUACUUCACGACGCCGUUCCGCAGCGUGGAGUACGACAUCCCCAGUUACGUGGAGCUGCUGGUGAGCGGCGCCGAGGAGUUCCUCCGCAAGGUCAGCGCCAGGGGAGCCAGGAAGAUCGGCUUCGUGGGGAUGCCGCCGGUGGGGUGCGUGCCGUCGCAGCGGACGCUGGGUGGGGGCCUCGCCAGGGCGUGCGAGCCCAGCCGGAACGAGGCGGCGCAGCUAUACAACGCCAGGAUCCAGGAGAUGAUCGCCGGGCUGAACGCGGAGCAAACGCAGACUCUGGUGGUGUUCCUGGACAUCUACCGCAUCCUGGACGACCUCAUGGAGCACGGGGACAAGUACGGCUUCGCCGACACCACCAGGGGCUGCUGCGGCACCGGCACCAUCGAGGUCACCGGACUCUGCGACUCCCGCUUCGUCUCCGUCUGCGACGACGUCUCCAAGCACGUCUUCUUCGACAGCUACCACCCCACCGAGCGAGCCUACAGGAUCAUCGUCAACGACGUGUUUGACAACUACGGCCAAGUGCUCUUCUGAUCGAAUUCUCAUGCAUGCAUAUGCAUGUGGUGUAUCUAUUAUCUAUCUAUCUAUCUACCGGCCGGCCGGCCCCCUGCUUGCAAAUUAAGUCCAUUCUGUCGAUGCCAAAUUAAUACCGGCGGAUUCAUUUUUAUUCGAUCGAUCAUUGCAUAGUAUGUAAUGCACAUAUAUUAUAUAUAACAGAUAUUGUUGUUAUAGUUACAUAUAUCGACGAAGCAUUCAACAACGCCAACCCUCAUCAUCAU